AUGUCCAAGAACGAGAAGGAUUCAACUGCAGACCCAACUCAACACGAAGGCGGUAUGGAGCGAGCCACUGGUUCUGCUCAAACGAGACUCAAGACAGACCCACUGGAGAUCUUCAUCGAUUCUAUGCAAGAGUGCGAAGACGGCCCCCACUUCCACAUGAUGUGCAGAGAUGGAGUAAUGAGAGUGAUUCGGUACCUACCCGGGCCUCCCGACCAGGUCACUCAAAUCGAAAUCUUCGAUGCCAAGCCGAUGUCACCAGAGCUGAUCAAAUCAUGGUUGGACAGAGGUCCUUGGAAUCAGGAGAAGGAAGAUAGGUUCCGCGGGGUUGAUGGUAGAACAGUUCCACCAGAGCAGUGGAUGAACCCUCCUUCAGAGCUGAUUCCAAGCUUCGGCACCAAAAACGAGCGCGACGAAAACAUGAAGAAGGACCGAGAAGAGAGGGCGGAGCUGAAGCGCAAGAUCGCGAGUGGCGAGGUCGAGCGAGAGCCCGCGAUAGCCUGUAUGGCCGUCCAAAGCAACUACGACCUGAGUCCUCGUUAG